AUGCCCCUCAUCACGUCGAGCUUUGACACCCUCGCUGCCGACCUCAAGGCCGCGCCCCCCGGGCCAGUGUACAUGCUCUUCUCCUCCACCGAGGUGGACGGGGAGCGGUGGUGUCCGCCGUGCGCCAUGAUCGAGCCCGACGUGAAGCGCGUGUUUGAGAACGGGCCUGCGUACGCGCUGGCAAUCUACAUGGGCUUUGAGGACUUCGACACAGACAUCUGGCCGCAGCAGGAGUGGUUCCUGAACGGCGUCCCGGCGCUGUACCGCGUCGAGAACGGCGAGCCGACCGCCUUCCUCCUGUUUUCGGAUGCGUUCGAGUUCGGCCCUGCGCUCGACGCCUUUGCCGCCUCUCCAGAGGCGUAUGAAACGUUUCUCGAGGAGAACGACGAGGAGUACGUUGACGCGCCUACGCGCCUCGCUUGGGUCCGUGAGGACUAUGAGCGCGAGCUGGCGGCCGCGAAGGCUAUGGGCGAGGUGCAUAUGCGUCGCGCCGAGGUGCGGGCCGCACAGGCUGCUGCUAGGCACAAGGCAAGGGGCGAAGUGGAGGGAGAAGAGCCGCCCGCUGCUGGGGAGACGGCGAAGACGGCUUCAGUGUGCACGCCCGCCACUUGCUCGUAG